AUGCCAUACAUCUACGAGCUAGAGCUGAUUGUCGAACAGCUGGAAAUAUUUUCGACCAAGGAAGACACCGAAUCGCUCGAUGGGAAUCGGCCACAGCUGUGCGUCCGGUUGCAGCUGCCCGGCGGAGUCCAAUGUGAGGUUUGUGAGAAAGAUUUCGGCUCAGCACUGGCCGUUGAUGGUCACCGGACCGGUGCGAACUGUCUGUUCGUCUACGAGCCAUCGGCUGAGAUUGCGGACGGUUCCUCACGGUUCCUUGUCACGGUACACCAACGGUGUCCCGAGGGAGGCAGCAAAAAGCUCGGAUCGUGUGAAGGUCCUGCUGUAGAGAUGCUCCAGGACUUGGCCACGGCUAACCAGGCAAAUCAACCAGCACAAGUGGCCUCACAGGAGUCAAUCCGAUCCGGAGAACGAACCGGAAACAACCGACCCGUCUCGUACACUAUUAAGGAGCUAUAUCCACUGCGCGCAACAGAAGAAGGCAACGAAAGCGAAGAAGAGGCAACAGUAAUCGGGUUCGCGGUGCUCACCAUCCGGCUCUCCUGUCUUGGCCACUCGAUCAAUCGGAAGGUGCUGUUUGCAGAACCAUCACCACUCCACGAUCGACCGGAGAGUGCGGUCUGCUAUAUGCUGAACGCUGACGAACCGCUCGUCAAGUGUGUGAAGCUGGACGAUCGGGAUGCGCUACGGGCACAGCUUGCUGGUCCCGUUCCCAGCUUGCUGAGUGUGAACGCCGCGUCGGUGACGGGUGAAACGGAGCAGCGCCAACCGUACGAUGAGUAUGCGGCGGAAAUGAACGGGAACGCGAUCAGCAUUCGGAUCGAGAAGGAUGCAAACAUCGCGAUCAGUAUGGAGGGUGAGGAAAGUGAUCGUGGCUGCACCAAGGGAUGUUGGACCUCGCUCACCCUUCCGGGCGGUGUGUACGGGUUGAAGGAGGAAUACAUCCAGCAGCAGGCCAACGGAUGCCAGCUACCGGUGAUCCGGGGUACCCUCAAGUAUCCGGCCCAUCACUGGUCGGGUGAUUUUAUGCUUGCCAAACGGACAACCCCCGUUACGAUCGAAGACUUUCGGCGUAAACCGAACGAUGCCGACCGAUCGCGCACGGUAGGAUUACAGGCGUGUGCGCCCGAGGGGAACUGUGGUGGGGUUGAGAUGUUCCGGCAUCCCUCCGACGAUCCGCUCGUCGAUGUGUUUGUGUUCAAGUUUGGAAAAGGCAAGCGCUCCUCGGUGGGUGGACGGAACCAGAUCGAGGUAGAGCUCCGGACGCCCAAAUGUCCUACGCGAGAGUUUCGCCCGAAGGCAACGCGCGGUAUCCAGGUGCUCGAAGAUGAGUUUGCGGUGAGCGAGGGAGACCAGUGCCCUGCCAAUCGGACCGGAAAGGAUAAGCCGCUGGUGGCCGGUGAAGGUGGUGAUGCCAAGGGAAAGAAGGCUCCAUCCAAAAUUCCGGCCAAAAAGGGAAAAAAGAAGUGA